AUGUAUGGCCUGAGGGUUGUUAUUCCGUCCCCUCUUAGGGAAGCCGUGCUCGACGAACUGCACCUCGGUCAUCCCGGCAUUGUGCGGAGCAAGGAGCUGGCUCGCAGCUAUGUGUGGUGGCCGUCAAUUGAUGCAGGCUUAGAGACAAAGGUACGAAGUUGCCAAGCCUGCCAGGAACAACGAAAUGAUCCAGUUAAGGCACCUCUGCAUCCCUGGUCGUGGCCGACCGCACCGUGGAGGCGAAUUCACUUGGACUUCGCAGGACCUUUCCGAGGAACUAUGUUUUUAGUCGUUGUAGAUGCUCACUCGAAGUGGCCGGAAGUGUUCGUUAUGCGAAGCACAAUGUCCGAGCGUACUGUUGCCUGCUUCCGUGAACUUUUCUGCCGAUUCGGAGUGCCGGAGACGGUGGUGUCCGACAAUGGACCACAACUGGUGUCCGAAGAGUUCAAGGCGUUUAUGCGGAGCGUCGGGGCCAGACACGUCGUGAGCGCUCCCUAUGACCCAAGCACAAACGGUCUGGCGGAGCGUUUCGUGCAAACGUUGAAGUCUGCUCUACGCAAGUCAUCUCCCGGUGAGUCUAUCGAAGAAACACUUCAGAACUUCUUAUUGGCGUACAGAAAUACGCCUCACCCUACGACUGGAGAAGCUCCAGCUAACCUAUUGAUGGGUAGACGAUUGCGCACCAGGCUGGAUGCAAUGAAGCCUACAGUGGAGGGGAAGGUGAUGCCCAGUCAGUUCACCCAAAUGCAGCAGCGCAGGAGCAACAGGGACUGUUUUUGUGUUAAUGACAGUGUUCUAGUUCGCAAUUACAGAGGCCCAACGAAGUGGGUUCGUGGAACCGUUCUGAAGAAGACUGGACAAGUCUCGUACAAAGUCAUGGUAACCACCCCCCGAGGCAAGUUCAUCUGGCGGCGACAUCUCGACCAGCUGCUGGCUGGCGCCGGCCCUAUGGUGACACCAAGGGCAUCCGACUCCGAUUUCUCGGAGGGGUUCCUGGUCUUCCUUGAAGGUCAGACUGGUGACCAGCCAACGCCAGAAGAGCCGACACCCGGGGAGUCCAUCCCUCCAGCUCCCGCUCCUCCAUCAGAGACAUCGGCUCCGCACAGGCGCUACCCGUCAAGACAACGCCGUCCACCCGAGAGAUACUAA